UAGCCACUUGAGAAAGAGACACACCUGGACUGGGACGCAUCUGACCUGGGAAAAUUGGAAAUCGAUCAACUUAAUUGACUUUGUGUACUUCCGGUUGAACUGUAUGCCAUCACCAUGGCAACCCUGUUAUGACCGUCACAGGGUCAGAAGUGGCCAAUGAGAUGCUGCCCUGCUCCAAGACAGGGCUGCAGUGUCCAUGCUGUACAAAUUGACCAGUUGAGAUUGAGAGGGAGGUGUCUCCAUGGUGAUGUUGCUUCAGUGUUCCAUCUGUCUCUGGAUCUUCCUCUGGCCUUCAGCAGGGUGUCUCUCCCCUCCUCAGAAUGUGUCUGUAGAGUUUCUGGACUUCCAAGGGACAGUCCACUGGCUGGCCGGAGCUGACAACACCAACCAUACACAUUUCUGUGUAGAGAUACGAGCAUUCAGUGAGUCGCUGUGGCAACCCUGUAACUGCAGCGACCACGUCGCCAUGGCGUGCCCCCUGGACAUUCCGCAGGAAAACAUUUUAAAGAAUUACAACGUCAGAGUGAGAGCGGAGAUGGAAGAGCAGACAUCAGACUGGAAAUACCUGGAGAACACAGUACAGCCCUCCUCAGACACAGUGUUAAGUGCCCCAGGUCUGACGUUGUCGGUGGAGAACCAGAGUCUCUGUGUCCAGCUGACACAUCCUGCUCAGAACAUCUUCAGAUUAUACAACAUCACCCUGCUGCAGAAUGGUCUGGAACACAACGAAACGGUUAUGUCAGACGUUGCGUCGGGCUCAGAGAGAGUGUUCCCCCAUCUCAGUCCAGACCACACCUACUGCCUCUUGGCCUCAGCCAAUCACUACAGCCUACGCCGUCACAUGACUGCUCUGGAGUGUGUCAACCUGACGAGACACAAGCCAGAUACACCAGGUCCGCAGAGAUUGGUGGGCAUGGCUGUGGGCGUGUUCCUGCUUCUGGCUGUUCUGAUUGGUCUGAUCGCUGUGACACGCUAUGUCCUGAAGAGCACAGACCACACCCCCACAGCUCUGGGUGUGCGUUCAGCAAGGUGCUUGGUGACUCCGGAAAGUGUGGUGUGUUACCCAGUGAUGUGUGGGCCCGCCCCCUCUGGUUACCUGAGUUAUCAGCUGAGAGCUGUCAGGACUUUUCACCUUGACGACCACCUGGAGACAGAGACUCUCAUUCCCUGUUCCCUUGACGACCACCUGGAGACAGAGACUCUCAUUCCCUGUUACCUUGACGACCACCUGGAGACAGAGACUCUCAUUCCCUGUUCCCUUGACGACCACCUGGAGACAGAGACUCUCCUGCCCAUUUCCCUACACACAGAUAAAGGAUCAGCUUCCCCUCUCACAGACUUUACCUUAACCAGUAGUGGAGGAAAAACAAAAUGGACCCCAGAUCAGCGUCUAGGGGCAACUUCACCUCACACCCUACAAACCCUGUCUACCUCCCCCUCUCCCUUGUCUUCCUCAUCUAUCUCCACUCCUCUCUCCGCUGGCUAUGGUCUGGCCUGGGACAGUGUAUCCAACCAGAGCGACACAGAGACACACACAGACAUAACUACUGACAUAACUACUGACAUAACUACUGACAUAACUACUGACAUAACUACUGACAUAGCUACAGACAUAACUACUGACAUAACUACUGACAUAACUACUGACAUAGCUACAGACAUAACUACUGACAUAACUACUGACAUAACUACUGACAUAACUACUGACAGAACCACUGAGAGAACCACUGACGUGACAACAGACAGAACGGCAGACAUAGCUGCUGACAUAACUACUGACAUAGCUACUGACAUAACUACUGGCAUAACUACUGGCAUAACUACUGGCAUAACUACUGACAUAACUACUGACAUGACAACAGACAGAACGGCAGACAUAGCUGCUGACAUAACUACUGACAUAACUACUGACAUAGCUACUGACAUAGCUACUGACAUAGCUACUGACAUAACUACUGACAUAACUACUGACAUAACUACUGACAGAUGGGACAGCAGGUAUUCUCCCGAGUUAGAGGUCAGGGGUCAGGGGUCGUGCUUAGAUGUGCAUUCUCCCGGAGCCAGUCUAUGCUCCUCCAGUAGAUAUGAACCUCGCCCUGACCCAACCCUAAAAUGAACCUGACCUCUAACCCCUGACUCCUAACCUGACCUCUAACCCCUGACUCCUAACCUGACCUCUAACCCCUGACUCCUAACCUGACCUCUAACCCCUGACUCCUAACCUGACCUCUAACCCCUGACUCCUAACCUGACCUCUAACCCCUGACUCCUAACCUGACCUCUAACCCCUGACUCCUAACCUGACCUCUAACCCCUGACUCCUAACCUGACCUCUAACCCCUGACUCCUAACCUGACCUCUAACCCCUGACUCCUAACCUGACCUCUAACCCCUGACUCCUAACCUGACCUCUAACCCCUGACUCCUAACCUGGCCUCUGACCCCUGACUCCUAACCUGACCUCUAACCCCUGACUCCUAACCUGACCUCUAACCCCUGACUCCUAACCUGACCUCUAACCCCUGACUCCUAACCUGACCUCUAACCCCUGACUCCUAACCUGACCUCUAACCCCUGACUCCUAACCUGACCUCUAACCCCUGACUCCUAACCUGACCUCUAACCCCUGACUCCUAACCUGACCUCUAACCCCUGACUCCUAACCUGACCUCUAACCCCUGACUCCUAACCUGACCUCUAACCCCUGACUCCUAACCUGGCCUCUGACCCCUGACUCUUUGGAAUGAACAUGGGAGCCCCUGUCCUCGGUCCGACGUCACUACAGUUGGAAAUAAGUGUCGUUGCUGUCAUGUGUUGUUGUAAUCUGUUGUCGGUUCUCUCUACAAUGUUUCUAUUCAAAAUAAACCAAUCAGAUGUUCUCUCCAAUGUUUCUAUUAAAAAAAAUAAACCAAUCAGAUGUUCUCUACAAU